AUGGCUCUCGAAGACUUUCCGAAUCAUCCCAUCUUCAAGCAGCUUCUUGAGUACGUACCUUUAAACGACGGCAUUAUUAUACACGAUCCCGAGCAUGGCAUCAACGCGAAUUAUGCCCGGUUUUUAAACGAUGUCCUCGAACUCCGACGUACCAUUCGCGAACAGAUUCCUGACCUUCUCGACUCCAAUGGAAUCGUGCGUAACGACGGUGUAUACAUCUGCACCCUUGCCCCCGCGAGCUAUGAGUUUUUCGUGGCCGCCUUUGCGAUCUGGGCCGUUGGAGCUGCAUUGUCACCGCUAGCAACCGGCAUCAUUCCAAAGGAAGCCGUGUAUCUAUUUGAAAAGAGCAAAGCCGUGCUCCUUAUAGCUAGCUCUGGCCAACGUGAUGCAGCGGCCGAGUAUCAGCGUUGUAUGAAGGAAGAAACUGGGAAUACCAUCAAGACUAUCGGCGUCGAUCUCACGAUUCCAACUCCAUCUACACCCCCCAAUUACCACAUUGACGAGCGUGCGGUAAUCCCGGCAGCUCGACCGAUGCUCCUUAUACUUACAUCGGGCACUACCGGACCCCCCAAGGGAGUUGUACGAUUAGUUGUCCCAUUAAACAUUCGUGCCAUGUUAAAGGCCACUAACGAUGACCUUACUCUCUGCCACCGUGCUAUCCACUGGGGCUUUGGCAUUGGCCCGCCCAUAAGCAUGCUCUUAAGUGGGCUGGCUAUAUACGUUGUCGGUGCAGACCCUAGUCCAGAGAUGAUAUGGACAGCUCUUCGCCAGAAGAAGUUGACUGUGGCUUUUGCGACCAACCUGACAUUCCUUCGUCUGAUGCAAUAUUACAACGAACACAUAGCCAAUCUUGAGCCAGACGUGGUAAAGGAGUACACUGACGGAGUGAGGAAGCUCAAGUACGUUGCCUGCGGUGGUGCAGUCCCUAUGCCUUCUGUAGGACAAUUCUGGAAAGAUAUGCGAGGUGGUCACCCUAUAACCAUUCUCUAUGGAACAUCGGAAGCUGGUGCCGCAUUGGGUACACCUCCGGAAGGCUACGACGUUACGCAGCGUGUUAUCGGCAAACCACUGCCUGGUGUUCAGGUGAAACUUUCAGAAGGCGAUCAUGGUGAGAUGCUACUGAAAGGCCCUGAUUUGUUUGUUGGCUACCUCAACAAUGAAGCUGCCACAAAGGCAGCGUUAGAUGAAAAUGGCUACUAUAAAACAGGCGAUCUAGUACAUAUCGACGAGAACGGAAAUUAUAUAGUAGACGGUCGAGUUAAAGAAGAUUUUGUUCGUUCUAGAACUCUCAAAGUGGGAACUCUCGAGCUUGAGGAUAAGCUAUCAGAUCUCCCUUACAUUUCAGAAGCGGCCGUCAUUGCCGUCCCGGAUAUCGAAAUAUUGCAUAGGGUAGGUGUCAUUGCCCGUCUUAAAUCAGGCACCACCUCCGAUGGCACAGAUCAGGACGGACAACCUGUAAACAUGCUUUAUAAAAUCAGACGAGACCUCACGGAGAUGAAGGUGGAGCAGUAUAAACUCCCCACCCUCCUACGCGUCCUUAAGGACGAUGAGAUCAUCCCGCGAACGACUACUGAUAAAGUGAUUCGGAAGAAAGUGUUGGAGAUCUUUUUCCCGCAGUCAGCGGAUUGCAGGGUUGAGGAUUUACCAAAGGAAGUACUGGCUUGGGAUAUAAAGAAUGAUAAAAAGGCUGGGUCAACGGGCCUGUGGGACUGGGCUGGAGCUCAAGAUUAA